GUCAGAGACUGCAGACAUGGUACAGGGGACAGUCAGAGAUUGCAGACAUGGUACAGGGGAUGGUCAGAGACUGCAGACAUGGUACAGGGGACGGUCAGAGACUGCAGACAUGGUACAGGGGACGGUCAGAGACUGCAGACAUGGUACAGGAGACGGUCAGAGACUGCAGACAUACUACCGGGGACAGCAGAUAUUAUUACUAUUAUUAUUAGUAUUGUUAUACAGGAUUUAUAUAGCACCAACAGUUUUACACUUUACAAUAUAAAGAGACAAUACAGCAACAAUACAGAUCAAUACAAGAGUGUUAGGAAGGCCCUGCUCCUUGGAGCUUACAAUCUAAGAGUACAGGAGACUGUC